AUCAUUAGUUGACCCUGACUUUCCUUUAAAUAUUUGCAUUUUAUUUACAAAGUCGGUUAAAAACCAAUUUCCAUGGGUAUUGUCUUUAUAAGCAUUAUAAAAAGCACGUAUUUUCUUUAGAUACCACUUUUUGAACGCCACAUUGUUUUCUUUAUGCUAUUCUUCAACUUGUUAUAAAAAAUAAGUUGCAUGCUAAACAACAAAUUGCAUAAUUAGUCUAAUUUUUAAGCUUAUUCGAUAAUUCCGCCCAAAUCAAGAAGAAGAAUUAUCGAUUUUCACAAACUAAAAAUAUCAAUGCAAGGUAUAUCGCACAGCAGUGUUACCAACACACAAGGAUAAGAUCCGUUAGAUUUCUUAAACUCCAAGCUAGUUUUUCCACUUGAAUUUUUGUCGAAAAACAAGCGUUAAUAUGUUCCGACUUCACUGCAACAAGUGCUAUCGCAACCGCAGCCUUGAGCCGGCCUUGACCUUCCACUUUUCCCGAUGCCAUCACAUUCUUUGCGACAGCUGCCUGGACGACACCUCGAAGGACCAAAAGUGUCCGCUUUGCAGUCCCACUUUGCAAACACUCCCCAUCUCAGGAAACAUGCCUAGCGGCAUGGCCCAGUAUUUCGAGGAUCCCACUAAGUUCCUGCAACUAUAUCGCAAGAUCAGCAAGUUCCAGUCCGAUCAAAGGACGUCGGACAAUGUGGGAUUCUGGCGCCAGAUGCAAGAGGAAAAGGCAUUGCAGCUUCAGCUCGAGGGCUAUGCCAAAAUGGAGGAGCAGUUUAACAAGCAAAUCAACAUAGAGAAGAUGCGCAUAGCGAAAAUGCGCGACUACAUAUCAUAUCAUGAGCAGAAGCAGAUAGUCCGACGUCGCAGCAUGGACGACUUCAAGGCUUUGAAGAGCGCCCACAAGCGCCAUCGUCCACGGACCCCCUGUUUUAGUUCCACGGAUGACACACGGUCGGAGGAGUCGCUUGGAGCUAGCCUGGAUUCGGCACGCACACGCAGAAGAUGAAUCUAGAUGAAAACCGUACGAUGACUACCUUCCAGGAUUCGGAUUACACUGUUUAAUAGUAUCCUAUCAGUUGCGAUUAAUUCUUAGUUGUUAAGAAGAAAUUCAAAAUUGUUUGAACCAGUAAUCUUUCUUGGUCAUUCUUUCACUGUUUAAUAGUAUCCUAUCAAUUGGGAUUAAUAUUUAGUUCUUAAGAAGAGAGUCAACAUUUUUGUAACCAGUAAUCUGUUAUUAAUCUUUGGGAUUAAGAACAGUGUAAAACUUUUUGUAAUUAGUAAUCUUUCAUAGCCAUUCUUAAUAUUAUCAAAAUAAUUUGGUUGUUAUCCUUGAAAAUCGAUCUGAAGUUGAACAGUUGUGUUAAAUCUUACUCAAUUAGAGGACCACGAUAUUAAUAUGUCAUUCGAUUUUCUUAAGAUACCUUAUCUUAUAUUCAAAUAAAUAACACCCUAAGCAAGGAAA